GAGUAAAAGUGCCCCCCGAAGUAAGUGCCCCCCGGACCCGGCCAUGGCCCGCAAAUGGGGCGGGUGCAGGGCGCCCACCGUGGUGGGGCUGCUGGGCCUCAUCUGCACCGUCUUCGGCAUCAUCAUGGUCUUCGUCCUGCCCAUCCUCGUCAAACAGCUGGUCCACAAGAACGUGAGGAUCGAUCCCAACAGUUUGUCUUACAACAUGUGGAAAUCGAUCCCUGUUCCUUUCUACUUGUCCGUGCACUUCUUUGAAGUCUUGAAUCCAAACGAGAUCCUUAAGGGAGAGAAGCCCUCUGUCCGGGAACGGGGACCCUACGUUUACAGAGAAUUUCGGCUUAAGGAGAACAUCACCUUCAAUGACAAUGACACCGUGUCCUACUUGGAGUACCGCAGCUUUCAUUUCCAACCUGACAUGUCUCAAGGAUCAGAAGAUGAUUAUAUCGUUAUACCCAAUAUCCUCGUCUUGGGUUCGGCCGUCAUGAUGGAGCGGAUGCCUCUUCCUUUGAAAUGGUUAAUGAGCUCGACCUUCAAUAGCUUCAAUGAGCAUGCUUUCAUGAACCGCACUGUGGGGGAGAUCAUGUGGGGCUUCGAAAAUCCUUUGGUAGACCUUCUCAACAAAUAUCUUCCUGGUAUGAUCCCGUUUAAGGGAAAGUUUGGCUUGUUUGCAGAGCUCAACAACUCCAAUUCCGGGUUGUUCACUGUACAUACAGGUGUAAAAGACUUUAGCAAAAUCCAUUUGGUGGAUAAAUGGAAUGGGCUUAGCAAGGUAAAUUACUGGCGGUCUGAUCAAUGCAAUAUGAUCAAUGGAACAUCUGGACAGAUGUGGGCUCCCUUCAUGACUCCUGAGUCUUCCCUGGAAUUCUACAGUCCUGAUGCCUGUCGGUCCAUGAAGCUUGUGUAUAAGCAAUCUAGAGAUUUCAGUGGGAUGCCAACCUUCCGAUUUGUAGCACCUAAAACCUUAUUUGCCAAUGGAACAGUAUACCCACCCAACGAAGGCUUCUGUCCAUGCUUACAGAGUGGGAUUCAGAAUGUCAGCACCUGUAGAUUCAAUGCUCCCCUCUUUCUCUCUCAUCCUCAUUUCUACAACGCUGAUCCUGUCCUGGUUGAGGCUGUGAACGGACUCCACCCCAACGAAGAGCAGCAUUCACUGUUCUUGGAUAUCCAUCCAGUCACUGGCAUUCCAAUGAAGUGCUCCGUCAAGCUGCAGUUGAGUUUAUAUAUAAAAGGAGUCCAAGGGAUAACGCAAACAGGGAAGAUCCAACCAGUAAUUUUGCCUUUGCUUUGGUUUGGAGAGAGUGCAGUGAUGAGUGGCAAAACCUUUAACACAUUCUACACUCAGCUGGUGUUGUUACCCAGUGUGGCACAAUACAUGCAGUACGUCUUCAUUGGCCUGGGAGGGGUUCUCCUGAUUAUUGCCUUCAUCCUCCGAGUCAGAAGCCAGAAAAACUUUGAAGAAGCUCUUGGAGCAGGGCUGGACACACCAGCUGAUCAGCUUCCCAACCCACAGACCCCUCUUCUCCAGGGAGACUCGAGUAACAGAAAAUAUAAUGAUGAAGCUUGAAGGGGGGCUGCUUCCUGCACUCUGCAGGAGUGCCAGUGUGACUUUUCUGUACACAUGUGUGUAAUGGACACUCAGGGACCAAUAAGAUCUCAUUUGAGGAUUCUAGAAUGGGCAUGUUGACAUGGGAGAGGCCAGAGAAUCAAGCUCGGCAUUCCAAUCAUCCAUGAUGGAUAAAAUGAUUGACAUCCAUCAUCUGCCCUGGAGUCUGUGGCAGUCCUGGAUUCCCAGAGGGUCGGAUCAGCCACCUGGGAAGUGGGAGAUGCAGAGCUAUGCCUGUGUCAUCCGCCCCCUCCCCCAACCCCUUCAGUAGAGCUAUGGGAACAUACUGUGUGUACUUGUACUGCUUAAUUCAUCAGGUGCACACAAACACUGAGUAAAGCUGGGUUGAGCCUUUUUGCUCCGCUCCUUCAUACCCUUUACCUUCGGAUGACUCACUUUUCUUAUCUAUAAAUCUCCCCUCUUCCCCUCCACCCCCGC